AUGAAAGUACCAGAAAAACCUAUCACUGCAAACCAGACCUUGACUUCUUCUAGUGGAAGCUUCGCAUUAGGCUUCUUCAGUCCUCCAAAUUCUACCAGAUACUUCCUUGGUAUAUGGUACAACACAAUUCCAAAGACUGAAUCAAUUGUAUGGGUUGCUAACAGAGCAUCCCCUCUUGAUUCUCCAGGUGUUUUCGCGCUCAGCGCUGACGGGAAUCUGGUUGUGUUAGAUGGGAUUACUAGAAAACUAGUUAUCCGGUCAUCUAAUGCAUCAGUACCUGCUUCUGCAAUGAAUGCCACAAGUGCUGAGCUCCUGGACAGUGGAAACCUUCAACUGAGACAUGGAGAAGAUACUUUGUGGCAGAGCUUCGAUCAUCCCUCUGAUACAUUGUUGCCUGGCAUGAGGCUUUGCGUGAACAAAAGAACAGGCUAUCAAAUGCGUCUUACAUCCUGGGCAGCACUUGAAGAUCCACAACCCGGAAAGUUCACCUUAGGCUUUGAUCCCAAAGUGGCGCCUGGCCAGGUUUUUAUCUGGAAGGAAAAUGCUACAUACUGGAGAAGUAUUAUCUGCAUUGGCAAGAAAACACAAACAACUUUUGGCAAUUUAGGAGGUUUAUCUUAG